AUGUGUGAUGGGGUUUUCGGGGGAAAGUUCAAGGUGGGGGUGGUAAAUAGCAACCGUGCCCUGCGGGAAUCUGCGGCGGAUGCUUGCCGAGGAGGAGCCAUGCGGUUCCGUUUAGAGAAAAAGAGCGCAACAGCUGUUGCCACUAGCUAUGUGCCGACUCUGCGGAGCGAUGAGGAUGAUGGCAACGAUGGCAACUUGUGUGGCACAUACGCACGCACGUCGUCGAAACAAAAAAUUGUGCAUUCGCUGGUCUGUAAGAUUCGGGAGAUGCCAGAACCGAAGACUGAGAGGUUAGAAACCCUGAUCGACUUCGGUGUCGCUGUGAAGAACAUGUGCGCAACGAUCGUAGCUUGUGGUUUGAACGAGCACCUCUGCAACGUAGCACUGCUGCAAGAGCUUGUUGAGAGACUAUCGCCAACAAUCAUCUCGACUGGGCGAAACAUCGGCAAACUCUGCAAGCUACUACCUUGUCAGACUUCGGUGCUUGGUUGGGAACACUGGUUCGGUACUGUUCAUACAAUUCCGAACUUCAGCUUCAACUGCUGUCGUCCCAAUCCCAAGCAGCACGAUUGGGAUGUGGUGGAGAAGGGCAAAGGGGCGGAUGUUUUCCCUUUGUCUCUCCGUCCCGUUUCAGGUUACUCCCAGGACAUCUCGCACCACUUCACCGCCUACCUUCCCAAGCUGGAACACGACGGAGGCUAUCCGCAGCAGCAAACGACGCAUUACAUCCUGCCGCCCACGCCGACGUCUCCGCCUCGGUCGCCAGAAGAUCCACACCGAAGUCCCACUCACAUCAGCGCCUCGUCGGUGAAGAAGCAUCUCUUCAGCAGCUCCGGAACGGCGCUGUCUCUACCCCCCAAGAAAAAAGACAUCUACCGGCCGUACUCACUGGACGACAGGCCCCGAAACUACGAGAUCCGAAUUCCGGCCGAAGAGGACCUGCACGCGGCACAUGCCAUUCUGGACCUCAGCGCGUCCACCGCAUUUCUUCCACCUCCGGCACCACAUCAACUCUUGCAGCAUCACGCGCAGCAGUUGAUUCACCAAGAGGAACGACUUCAGACCGUACCCAGCUCGCUGGGGUCGCCGGAACAAAACGAAAACAAAAACAGCACAAACACCCUCGACGAUGAAAAACCCUGCAAAACCGUUGCCUACACGUACGAAGCAUUCUUCGUGAGUGACGGCCGAUCGAAGAAGAAGAUCAGUGACCCCAAAAUAGUGCUGGAAACCAAGGCCAAAUACACCUGCACCGAGUGUGGAAAGCAGUACGCUACCUCGAGUAAUCUCUCACGACACAAGCAAACGCACCGAAGUCUUGACUCGCAAUCGGCGAAGAAGUGCAUGACCUGCGGCAAGGCGUACGUUUCCAUGCCGGCCCUGGCGAUGCACGUCCUAACGCACAAACUAUCCCACAGCUGCGGAGUCUGUGGCAAACUCUUCUCGAGACCUUGGUUGCUCCAAGGUCACCUGAGGUCACACACUGGCGAGAAACCGUACGGCUGCGCACACUGCGGAAAGGCCUUCGCCGAUCGGUCCAACUUGAGGGCGCACAUGCAGACACACUCCAUCGACAAGAACUACCAGUGCCAACGGUGUCUCAAGACGUUCGCGCUGAAGUCGUACCUCAACAAGCACUUGGAGUCGGCCUGCUUCAAGGAAGAUCCCAGCUUGGGCCCGCCCCCAGUGCUCUGCUCGAACAACAAUCUGGACAACAUCGACAACAACAACAGCCACAAACUGAUGGGCGGAGUGUCCCUGGUGGACAAACUCGCGGCGCAUGUGCAGGUCAAGAAGGAGAACAACAACGAUGAAGCUUUAAAUCAAAACUUUGCCACCCUGGCGGCGGCAGCAGCGGCCAGCAGCGGAGUCGCCACCAGCAAUAUACUUGUGAUGAAGAACGUGGCCGGCAGUUUGCUGGCGAGUAGCAAUAGCCUAAGCAAUAGUGGUUCGGCUCCGGCCCGGACCGCCACCAUCCUAACAACGAACCCGACGGCUGCAGCGGCCGCUGUCCUCGGCGCCGUCAACGGAACCACGGCCAUCCUGACGACGGGCAGCCAUCCGACGGCGACGGCUGUCCACAUAAACGUCAACUUCAGCGGGUAACCGAUAGUGGAUGCGGCCACCCUGGCCGCCACCAAGGCCUACCGCAUCAUUUUGAACUAGGUCGGACGGGUGGCCCGACACCGACAGCAGCCGCCACUUUCUAGCAGUUAGUGCAAUCGCUUUGCGAAGUGUAGAAAUAGUUUUUUUCGAAGAGGGUUUGAUUUUUGAACAGGAGUGUGCGGAAGCAGUUUGUAAGUAGCGUUUCCAUUUUUAAAACAAGCAACUUUUACAACCUUUUUUUUCUGUUUCGAUUAUAAUCCCAUAGUUUUUAGUGCAACAAACAACACUUGUAUACACGAACAAACAAACAAACAGAAACACACUUAGACAACAUGCAAAACAAGAUUUAACGAAAAGAAACGUCAAACGAACAAGUAUUUACGGAUGAAAUCCAAAUAGGAAAUAGAAGCAUUAUCCCGCAGUAAAAGCAAUCCCAAGAGCAAUUAAUCGAUUCAAUUAACCUAGUGGUACUACCGUUUUCAAUUAUGCGUUGACCUUUUAACACAAACCCUGUAGAAACUGCUUUCAACCUUUAAAUCACAUGUACUUAUUAUGCAACCAAAGCUAAGAGCAUCGAAUGCAAGUGUAGGAAAACAGUUAGUGAAACAAAAAAAAAGUGAGGUUAUGUUUAAACAGAAUUGAAACAAGUUAAUUACAGCAUUUCAAAAUUGUAAGUGAAGGCAAAGGUAUCGCUCGCUCGUUUGACACCCGUUCCCCGAGGGGUUCGCCAGCCCGUUUGAGUUGACGUGGCGCCGCCGGAGGAGCCAAGCAACGGAAACACAACUCAGCUUUCUUAUCGCCGCGCUAUACUGCCGUUCCCGAAAAUGAAAAGCACAAAAAGCGAAACCAACCGCAGCAAGACGGGAAGUAAGAAAAAAUCACAAGAAUUUUGAGGUUAUCAGCAGCGAACCGAGGGGCCAGCAGUGUCAACUGAUGAAGGUAGGCUUGUUAGGUUCCGUUAUCGGAGUCACCCCCCACUCCGGUCCCCCAUUCGUCAACGUUCUCCGGGAGAUAGAUCGGAAACUCCGACAGAAAACAUGGCAAGGCAAGGGUGACACAUCUGCGGGCAUGGGAGGGAGGGAGAAAUAAAUGGUGAACCCGAAGAGGUGUGCAGGCAAUUUAGGUGAUGGGGGGGUGAGGGAUGGAACUGAUAAGUCAGUCAGAGUGUAAUCGGCGCGGAGACGAAUGUUGGUGGUUGUCGAAGUGACAAUGGGAGGAGAUGCAGGUGCGAAAGAAGUUGUGUACCACGUGGCAGGUCUCCAAUUUGGUUGGCGGUGAACGCGUGACCACAGGGACUGCUGUUGCAGUGUGACAAUUGAUUGCUGAUCAUAAAAGUGACCUUUGUGUCAAUCUUAAAAAAGGUUUUAUAUUGAAAGUGGACGAAUAUUGUUUAGAGUCGAUAUUCCAUCGGAAGAAGUCAUCGCCACGCAACAUUAAUCGUUUUUGCGAUUGGAUCGGCUUACCACCUUCCAGAACUACUUGUGCAAAAACACAGAAAAAAUUCUCCACAAGCAAUUUUCCCAUUAAUCAUUCACUUUCGAUCCUUCUUCUGGUUUACCUCACCGUGGUCGUCUUUAGCGUCGCUUCCCUCGUUCUCGUAAUCAUCGUCAUCAUCAUCAUCACCGUUGUCGCUUCCGGCGCCCAAUCCUCCUUAUUCGUGUGCAACAUCGUCUCCGGCGCGACCUGACUCCCAGCUCUAAGUGGCGAGCUCUACAUGGAACGUGCGCCCCCCCGUCCCAGGAACUAUUUAUUAGAUUUUAUUCAAUUAUUUAUUCAUCGUUCGUGUUGGGUACACUCCCUGCUGCUGUUGCUGUCCCUCGGCUGGACAAGUUCGGUUUGUUUUUUUUAUUCUGCCACCGGCACACUACUGGCUACUUAGUACCUUCCACGCUAGUUAGGGCUCGUUAUCGUUGUCACGAUCAGUGCUCCCAGUUGGCUACCAGUGCGUCGAAUGGUAACUCAUUUAACGACAGACGGAUGGAGAAAGGAAGUGCUUGCCUGCUGAUAAAAAAUGCAUUUGCUAAUUCGCAGGAUUAUGUGAUAAAUCAACAUGUUUCGCCUGAAAAUCGGUUCAAAUCCAUGUGAGUUGCUGAAAACCGAUCAAUCGAUGGUAACUCAUGCCAUGUACGACAACAAGCGAUGGAACUCGUCACUUGCAUGUCAAUUUGUUUAAAAUGCAUGACUUUUUCAAAAGUUUGCUGAAACAUUGAGAUUCUGAGAGAAUGCCGACUGAGCAAAUACAGAUCGAAUUCAAAUUGGGAUUCUGAGCGAAUUUCUAAAUGAGAUUCUGAGCGAAAUUGGGAUUCAAAGCGAACUUCUUCUGGAAUUUUGAGCAAACUCCGAUUGGGUUUCAGAACGAACUCCGACAGAUAUUUGGAAAGAAUCCCAACUGGGACGCAGAGCAAAUCUUGAUUGAGAUUCUGAGCAAAUCAAACUGGAAUAUGGACUGAACUACUGGGAUUAAGUACGAAUCCCGGCUGAGAUUAGAACCGAAUCCAGAUUGGGAUUCAGAGCAAAUCGCGUAUGGAAUUCUGAGUGAACUCCGACAGGUAUUCAGAGUGAAUCCCGACUGUGAUUCUGAACAAAUUCCGACUGGGAUUCCGAGUAAGUUCCAUCAGGGAUUCAGAGUGAACUCUGACAGAUAUUUAGAAAGAAUCCCGACAGGGAUUCAAACAAAUCUGGAUUGAUAAUCUGAGUUUAUUCAAACUUGGAUUUGGAAAGAAGCACGGCAGUGAUUCAGAGCAAAUUCCGACUGGAAUUAAAAUCAAAUUCCUCUGCGAGUCAAUGCGAAUUCCGACUGGGAUUCAGCGCAAACUCCGACAGGGAUUUAGAGUGAAUCCCGACUGGAAUCCGAAGCGUAUCCGGAUUGAGAUUCGGAGAGAACUUCACACUAGAUUAAAAGCGCUUUCUGACAGGGAUUCAGAGCGAACUCCGACAAUGAUUCCGAGUGAACUACGACAGGGAUUUUGAAUGGAUCUGAAUUGGGAUUCAGAGUGAACUUCAACUGGGAUUCAGAGCGAAUGCUUUCCGGGUUUCAGAGCAAACUCCGACAGUUAUUCAGAAAGAAUCCCAAAUUCAGAGUUAAUCCCGGCUGGAUUUCGGAACGUAUCCGGAUUGAGAUUCCGAGUGAACUUCAAAUUAGCUUAAGAGCGCACUCCGACGGGGAUUCAGAGAGAACUCCGACAGUGAUUCCGAGUGAACACCGACAGGGAUUUUGAACGGAUCCGGAUUGGGAUUCAGAGUAAACUUCAACUGGGAUUCAGGGCGAAUUCCAUCUGGUAUUCAGAGAGAACUCCGACAGGGAUUCAAAGUGUAUCCUGACUGGGAUUCAAAGCGAGCUCCGACACAGAUUCAGAGAUAACUCCGACAGAUAUUCAAAAAGAAUCCAAACUGGCAUUCAGAGCGAAUUCUUUCCGAGUUUCAGAGCAAACUCCGACAGUUAUUCAGAAAGAAUCCCAAAUUCAAAGUCAAUUCCGGCUGGAUUUCGGAGCGUAUCCGGAUUGAGAUUCCGAGUGAGCUUCAAAUUAGCUUAAGAGCGCACUCCGACAGGGAUUCAGAGAGAACUCCGAAAAUGAUUCCGAGUGAACACCGACAGGGAUUUUGAACGGAUCUGGAUUGGGAUUCAGAGUGAACUUCAACUGGGAUUCAGGGCGAAUUCCAUCUGGUAUUCAGAGCGAACUCCGACAUGGAUUCAAAGUGUAUCCUGACUCGGAUUCGAAGCGAACUCCGACAGAGAUUCAAAGAGAACUCCGACAGAUAUUCAAAAAGAAUCCAAACUGGGAUUCAUAUCGAAUUCUAUCCGGGUUUCAGAGCAAACUCCGACAGUUAUUCAGAAAGAAUCCCAAAUUCAGAGUCAAUCCCGGCUGGAUUUUGGAGCGUAUCCAGAUUGAGAUUCCGAGUGAACUUCAAAUUAGCUUAAGAGCGCACUCCAACAGGGAUUCAGAGAGAACUCCGACAAUGAUUCCGAGUGAACACCGACAGGGAUUUUGAACGGGAUUCAGAGUGAACUUCAACUGGGAUUCAGGGCGAAUUCCAUCUGGUAUUCAGAGCGAACUCCGACAGGGAUUCAAAGUGUAUCCUGACUGGGAUUCGAAGCGAACUCCGACAGAUAUUCAAAAAUAAUCUAAACUGGGAUACAGAUCGAAUCCGGGUUUCAGAGCAAACUCCGACAGUUAUUCAGAAAGAAUCCCAAAUUCAGAGUCAAUCCCGGCUGGAUUUCGGAGCGUAUCCAGAUUGAGAUUCCGAGUGAACUUCAAAUUAGCUUGAGAGCGCACUCCGACAGGGAUUUAGAGAGAACUCCGACAAUGAUUCCAUAUGAACACCGACAGGGAUUUUGAACGAAUCCGGGAUUCAGAGUGAACUUCUACUAGGAUUCAGAGCGAACUCCGACAGAUAUUCAAAAAGAAUCCAAACUGGGAUUCAGAGCGAAUCUAGAUUGAGAUUCUGAGCAAAUUCAAACUGGGAUUUGGAGCGAGCUCUGACAGGGAUUCAGACUGAAUCCCAUCUGGGAUUCUGAGCGAAUUUCGACUGGGAUUCUUAGAGAAUUCUGACUGGGAUUCGCAACAAAUAUUGACUGGAUUUCAGAGUGAAUUCCGACUGGAUAUCAGAGUGAGUUCCGACUGGGAUUCAAAUCGAAUCCAGAUUGGAAUUCUGAGCGAAUUCCGAUAGCAAUUCAAAGCGAAUUCUGAGUAAACUUCGACUAUAGGAUUAUGAUUAAAUUAUGACUGGGAUUCGGAGCGGGUUCUGACUGAGAUUCAGAGCAAUUUCAGCCAGUUCUGACUGAGAUUCAGAGCGAUUUCGUUAUGGGAUUCGGAGCGAAUUCUAUGUGGGAUUCAAAGUGAACUCCGACAAAUAUUCGGAAAGAAUCCUAACUGGGACUCAGAGCGAAUCUGGAGCAAACUGCGACAGGGAUUCCGAGGGUAUCAAAAAUGAAAUUCUGAAUAAUUUUCAUCUUGGUUUCAGAGAUUUGGAUUUUCAUUGAAGUCCGACUGGGAUUAACAUCAAAUCCCGACUGAAGUUUAGAGCGAAUUCCUACUGGGAUUCAGCGCGAACUCCAACAGGGAAUCAGAGUGAGUACCGACUGAGAUUCUGAGCGUAUCCAAAAUAGAAUUCUGAGUGAAUUUCAUUCUGG